UUUUCUGAAAUUUCCCUGACAAUAAUGGAUCAAAAUUCACUCCAUAUUCUAAGUUUCUGUCCUGAAAGCGGUGAACCUGUUCCAUGAAGUCCGGCCAAUCAGAAGUGUGGAUAGCCGUAUCCAUGGUAACAGAUGCAGGGAGGCUUCUCAGGGUUAGACAAACAGGAAGUGGGUCUGCAGCUCGGUGCGGUUCUGUCUGGCUCCGGUGGGACUGAUGGAGCAGAACCGGGUCCAGAUCCGCUGACGGCUGCUCUGACGUCUCUCCGUCUGCAGGUGGCUCAGCAGGCUGUGUGACGCGGCAGAACCCAACGAGCUCAUCAACGCUGAAGGGAGUUACAGCGAAGACAGCGACCAGGAAAAUGACACACCUGAGCCCACCUGCCGGGACCUGGACCCAGAACCGGACCAAAGGGAACCAGAGGCCGCCACUGAACCCAGCUCUCCAUCCUGCUGCAGAGACGCAGAAACACAGCUCCAUUCAGAGCGCUUUCCCUUCCUGUCCUCACAGGCAGAGGAGGCCCCUCCUCCCAGCGGGUCCCAGUCCUCAGACAGCAGAACCAGAACACAAUCCUCCAGCAGCAGCCUUCACCUGAUGGUGGACCUCCCAGGACCCGGUGAAGCAGCCAGGAAACCCCAGCUCUGCGUCCUAGAGGAGACAGAAGGUACCUACCUACAUUGCCCCCUGGUUACCAUGACAACGACAGCUGCUUCCUCUCACCGUGCUCAUCCUGCCUCCACAGAGGGGCCCUCAGAUGAGAUGGAGUCUCUCUAUGAAGGCCUGAAGGCAGCCAGACUGUCUCCGAUCGGACAGAGAGACUUCCGGGCCUCGUUUAUCCGCCGGAGUCGCAACGAGAAGGUCAACGAGAAGCUGCACCUUCUGAGGAUCCUCAGCAGCACCUUAAAGGCGAAGGAGCUGGAGCUGCAGCUGAUGGAGCAGAUCAUGGAGCAGCCGGACCUGCAGGCUCCGACCUACCGGCAGUGGAAAGAGUCCAACCAGAUCCUCCUGGAGGACAUCCUGCAGCCCAGCCGGCCAGCAGGGGGCGCCGCCAACCUCGGCCCAGAGACUGCAGAUAAUUAGCUGAAGGAGUCAGACUGGAACAGAAGACCGGACUGAGCGAGUCCUUAAAGGAUUCUCUCUCGCUCAGGUCCAGAACCGGCUCCAUCCGGUUCGUCCACAGGGACGGCCAUGGACAUCCUUCCCAGCGGCUGGGCCAGUAAACCUCACAGCCAGACCAGCAGGUUGUUACUGGUGGCUUCUUCCAGGAACGUCUCAGAAGUUCAUUGGAAGGAAAAACUGCUUCAGGAAAAACUGAGAAAUCAAGGUUCUGGAUUCGAUUUCCAGUCCAGGAUGUCCUGGUGUCCCUCACCUGCUGGUUCGGCCCACUGGGUUCCAACUCCCUGGUCUACCAGGACAUCCUGGAUCACUUCAUGCUUCGUUCUGCUGACAAGUUCUAUGGAGACUCUGCAGGACUUAGUACCGACCCAAACUGCCAGUGGUACAGAAGCUCCUUCAGUUACCAUGGUAACUAUGGCCAGGAUACAGGUCACCAUCAGAGCAACAUGGGGUCCAUUGGACCUACUUCAAGCUGCAUUGAUGGUACCGGACCCGGUACCGAGUCCAGAACCCGGUGUUUUCUACGGUUCUGGGUUUUUAUUCUCCGUUGCCAGAAUCUAAUAAAGACUAAAAGUUUACGUCUGAAAAGGACGAGUUUCGUUUCUAGAAAGUGGGUCAAAAAGACAGAAUUUUAAGAAGAUAUAGUUUUUUUAGAACUGUCCAGCUCAUACUUCAAGUUCUAGUUCUGUCAGACCAGCAAACCUUUGGUCAAUACGCAUUCGCAGAACGUCAAUUUGCUUUUAUCCAAUUAGUUUGGUACGAAAAAUAGACUUUAAACUACCUCAA